GAAUGUGGAGUCAGAUAUAUUAGGGGAAAUGUAAUCUAAUGGGUCGGAUCUGAGAAUUGAGAAUGGAUGCAUGGAGCGGAAGGGGUUAAAGCUGACAAUGUGACAUGCUAAUGAGACACAGGAUGUAGGAAGUGAGGAAAAGUCACAUUGCCUUGCUGCCUGGAGGAUUUAUGUGAUGGAAACCACCUCUGCGGCGAGUCUGGUGCCUGAGGAAUUUGAAUGUGGAGUUUGCAGCAAACAGCUGGAUAGACCCAAGCUGCUGCCAUGUCUUCACAGCAUUUGCCAGGAGUGUCUGCAGGCUGAGAAGGCAAACCCAGUUGGUGCUACCUGUCCUGUGUGCAGUGCCCCUGUGGACGAGGACGUCACUAAUGCACAGGACAACACGUUUGCUGCAAACCUGCUGAGCAAGCUGCAGUUGCAGAAGAGGAUAGAAGUGGGUCUGGACAUCUGGUGUAGCCUGUGCCAGGCCUGUGGGGAUGACAAGCCAGCCAUCUCCCUAUGCUUCGAAUGUGACCACUUCAUGUGCCUGAGGUGCUGCCACUCCCACCAGCUGCUAACCGAAAGGUACAGACACCUGGUGAAGACUCUGGAUGAGCUGAGGACGCUUGGCUGUGAAGAGUUUGUGACUUUCGCAAGGAAGGGGAAACAGACCAUUUGUCCAGACCACAAGGAACAGAAUGUAAGGUUUUUCUGCAAGACGUGUUCCAUGAGCAUUUGCUGCACUUGCCUACUUCUUUCUCACAUUUCCCCAGAUCACUGUUACCAUGACAUUAAGCAGGAAGUCAUUCUGAAGAAGGAAGAGUUGAAACAAAUGGUAGAGACAAUCCAAGAAAACCACAACAAAUUCAUUGAAGCCCACAACCAACUGAAAUGCCUGAAAGAAAGCUUGGAUAUUGCGAAAAAUAAUACAGAAGCAUUAAUAAAACGGAAGGCUUCAGCCACUAUUGAAGAGAUUGAUAGGCAAGGCGAUGCAUUGCUGACAGAGCUAGAGAGUGGGUGCAGUUCUGUGGAGAGGAGAUUGACCAACAGCUUGAACAAUGCAGAACAAAUAAUUAAACGAUUGGGAGCUGGCAAAGUGCAGGCAGAAAACUUGCUGAGGUUUGGCAGCAGUGAGGAGAUGAUGGUGAUGUACAAUACAAUCAACUCAGCACUGACGGCUGUUGUGACCGAGACAUUUGAGGAUCUGAGUAAGGAAGACACUUGGAUUGAGUUCAUAGAAUGCACAUUGGAAACACAGAAUCUACUGGGAACACUCUUUUGCAAAGAAGAACCGAUCGAGGAAGCUGAUGAUUCUGAAGCUGAGGACAUGCUGCUGGAGAGACCUUCAGCAGGAGAGAGCCCAGGCAACUUCCUGAUCCACCCAGCAGCUGAAGAGAUGCUCAGAGCAACCGUGAGCAACACCGAUGAGUUUGAGUUCGAGAAUGUGAUGUCACCAAACAGCUGUUCGCAAAGUGCAAACCAAGGACAGAGUGACUCAGUGGACUCUCUCAGACUGCCAUUCACUAAUAUGGUAGGACAGGUGGAGUGGGUAGGAGAGGAAGAUGAGAGAUCUGAGCAGACUUUGACUCUGGCUUCUGGCUGCAGUGCAUCGGCAAACAAUGUGUGUCCAAGUGGACAUUCUUUCCCAAGCAAAUUCACGGAGAAGCACCAGAAAGCUUCAGACAAAAGGCGGAACAAACAAUCACAGUCACCAGAGGAUGGUAAAGUGACAAGGGCCAAAAAACAGCGCCUGCACUCUGAACAUAAUUAUAGUGUGAAGCUUGCAUCUGACAGCCAACCCGAGCUCCUAGUCCAGAGCAACAUGGAUGGGACUAUGCCGAACAUUUCCUUUGAAAUCGAAAAGGAACCCUGGCAACUGCCAACAGAAAAAAGGAUAAAAAUAUCAUCUGAAAACAGUGAGGACAACAGGGGCCCUAGUGAGGACAUAUUUUCCCAUCUGUCUGAAAUGCAGAAAGAGGCAUCUACAGCUAGUAUGUCAUCUGCUCAUUGCUUGGGGCCAAAUUUGUUGAAUCCGAGCAUUGGAGAUCGGUGUCAAGAUAAGGCAGCACAAAUUCGCCUCAGUCUGGAAAUGGGGGGGAGUCCACUGGUGUUUUUCCAACUGCAGACCACAGGAAUGGGAAGUGGUGAUAUUAUUCAGCUGUCAGCAGUGAGUGGUGAGAAGAUCUUUGACAAGUACAUCCUGCCCAGGGAACCCGUGUCAGCAGGAGCUACAAACAUCUCUGGAAUACAGGUCACAGAUGGAAUCUUGUACCUGAGAGGAGAACCUCAAACAACCUGCAGUAUCCAGGACGCUAUGACAGGAUUCCUUCAGUUCCUGCAGUCACUGGGGAGGUCUCUGUUAGCAGGCCACAACAUUUGGAUCCGUGAUUGUCAAGUCAUUUACAAGGCAUGGGAGGACCUCUUCAUGAAAGAUCAAUUUGCCAGAUGUGUGACUGGGUUCUUGGAUACAUUAUGGCUGGCCAGGUAUCUUGUCCCCAGGUUAAAGGUCAAGAACUAUAAACUGAAGAAUUUAGUCACAGCCUGUGUUAGGAAAUCAUUUAUUUCUGAAGGGCCUCUGAGCAACGUGAGGGCCACACAGGAGCUGUAUUCUGUUCUAAACCCUACGCCAGGGCAAAUUCACAAGAGUCAGUUUAGUCUCUCUCAGCUCGAGUGCAGAAUAUCGCUGCAACCUCUCUUUGAUCAGCAAGUGAUAUCCCGUCUGGUUGCUGAUAAUUUUGCUUCUGAGGGAAUCAGCCUGCAUAUACUGCAGCUGGCUCAUAACGAUAACCCGCAGUUUGGCCUGCGAGACCUGCUUAGUGGUUAUGACAAUCUGGGCCUCUUGAACCUGCAGCUGGUUGUAAAACAAAUUCGGUCGUAUCUCGAGCAACAGAAAGGAAAACGCAGAUACUGUCAGAGUACAAUGAGGAGCCUGAAGGUGGAAAAAGAGUGGAUCAGGCAGCUGUGGCAAAUGUAACUCUUGUGGGAGGUCACAGUCAUUUGAUUAGCUGUUUGUUGAAUGUAGUAAGUGAGUUCCCGUUAAUAGAUUGUGGAACUGCACUCUAAUCUAAGACCACCUCUUUAUCAGUCCAGCACUGGACUGAGACUGUUAGAUGGUGUGCAUGCAUGAAUCAGUCCUGUGGUCAAUGCCCACUCCUUUAACCUUUGUUCUAGGAACAGUUGUUCAGAGUGUCUGGCCUUGGGGUUAGGAGGUUCAAGCUCAUUAAUUUCCGCACCCUUGUUCAGGGCAGUGGUGGAGAGAAUCAGCCUACAUUCCUACUCUUGGUAGCUAUCUUGUGAACCCUUAGGUUGGACAGUGCAUGGUAUCCAGACAUUGCCUAUGAACACACCACUGUAUCUGAGCUUUGAUGCUUCAGGCAUUUUGAUAGGUCACUGACAUUCUGGGCGUUGGUCAAACUGAUCAGUGUACCUACAAGGUCCCUGGAUACACUGGGUCACUUGCUUGCUCCACAUUCUGCCCUCUUCCAAACCUCCAUAGAAACUGAACAACGGGACAAGGAAGGCCUGGGGACAAGGAAGGCCUGGAGCCAACGUCAGAGAGGCCCCAGAUCUCAUCAGGACCCCAGAACCUGAUCCAAACUGAAGGAUCCAUCUGCAUCGUGACCCUUCCCUUUCCACAUCAGUUAGGGCUCCUGUACAAACUGUUUGGAAAGGUCAGUCAGGCAGCCGUUCCAUGUGGACCUUGAAUUGUUGUUAUAGCAAAAGAGAGGGUACAGGAUCAGAAAACACAAUUAUUGCAUUCAUCUGCAAGGUCUCAUAUUUGACAAAUAUCACAGUCCUCAUUUCCUUGGGACACGAUACCAUUGAUUACUGGUAAGUGAAAGUAAAGUGGGAUCAGUUGUGAGGGCAUGUAGUUGGCGAGAGAUUGGAGGGCAUGAGCACCAGUGUGGAGCUUGCCUGCUCCGGAUAGCUGGAAAUCCUUGUUUGCCCUGAUGAGAGCUUUCUUGGGAAAGCUCUAGUGCCUUGUUUACGUACUCGUCUCCUAUAAUUUAUAUUUUUGCAUAACCUGGCACGCUCUCUGUAACCUAAAGGAGCCAAAUUGUGUGGGAUCUUUCUGGUUGCUAAUGUGGUCACACAGCUCAGAGGGAACCUUGAGUUGGAGACAGGUACACUGAGUUUCUAGGCAACAUUCCACACUCCAUCCAGUUGGUAAAGGCAGACCAAUGUAAAAGGAAGAAUAAAAUCCUCCUCACUGGGAGACCAGGCCGAUUUGUAUCUUGCCUGGCAGUCACUGAGGGACCCACCUCAACCACCACCACCACCCCUCUUUUUCCCCCCCCUUCUUUUUACUGGGUGCUGCAUCAUCUAGGGAGAUACUUUGUCCUGACUGAAUUUAAGCACAGGAAUCUCAGUAUAUGGAGCUGAUUUCUGUACGGAACAUACCUAGAAUGCCCUUCAGACUAUUCUCCGCAGACAAAGCCUUUCAGGUAUUAUCUGCCAUGUUACCAGUCAAAACACGUGAUCGAAUCAAUUGUGGGUAUAGGCGGAUCCCACAAACUGACUCUCAGUCACAUAUAGUCACCAGUCUCUGUGUAAAGUGAUUAAUUAAUUUUCUAAAGAAGGGUCCAGACCCGAAACGUCAUCUUUCCUGCUCCUCUGAUGCUGCCUGGCCUGCUGUGUUCAUCCAGAUCCACACCUUGUUAUCUCAGACUCAAGCAUCGGCAGUUCCUACUAUCUCUGAUUAAUUAAUUCCACCUCUUUUAUACUGAGAUUGUAACUCUGUAUCAAUUUGUCAUGACAAAUUUCAAAAUAGAAAACCUCAAAUUUAUGUUUCACAGUUUUUCAAAAUAAAUCUUUUUAAUGACA